UAUUUUAAGGUGUUUAACGCUGCGAAACUGAUAGUAAUAUCAGCAAUUCUUUUGACAUCGCUCCACCAAGCCAUUAUCCAUCCAGCAUUCGCUAGUUUCCCAAGUGCAGCCAAAGCUGGAGGAACAAGUCUCGUUCACAACGAGCUACUUACCGGUGCAUGGACAGGCUUCUUUGCAGGUUGCCUACACACACUAUCGGGCCCCGAUCAUCUCGCCGCAUUAGCCCCACUCUCGAUAGGCCGAACAAGACUCGAAAGUGCUGCCAUUGGAGCCCUAUGGGGCUGCGGCCAUGAUUUCGGACAAGUUAUAUUCGGCCUUCUCUUCUUACUCCUAAAGGACCGUCUCCACAUCGAGGUUAUCAGAACUUGGGGGACAAGAGUUGUGGGGUCCACUUUGCUCGUAAUUGGUGCCAUGGGAAUCAAAGAAGCUUCCGGAAUAAUCCAGGACCCGCUUCUAGAAGAAGAAGCUCCGAAGAAGAAGAAGAAGAUCGGGGUAGCUACCUUUGCGACUGGGAUUGUGCAUGGAUUGCAGCCAGAUGCUUUGAUGAUGAUUCUGCCAGCGCUUGCGUUGCCUUCGAGAAUGGCAGGUGCUGCGUUUUUGGUGAUGUUCUUGAUUGGGACAGUGAUUGCUAUGGGGAGUUACACUGUAUUUAUAGGGUCAUGUAGUGAAGCUCUUAAGGAGAGAGUGCCUAGAAUUACUGAGAAGCUCACUUGGGGUUCUUCAUUUAUAGCUAUUGCUUUAGGCCUUGCUAUUCUCAUCACUCAAUUCUUUGGGUUUAGCUUGUAUUGAUUUUUUUAUUUAUUAUUUUUUUUUUCGGGUUUGUAGUAGGAAUAUUUUUCUUUCGAGAGAGGCUAGCCUAGCUAAUUCCGAAUAACUUUCGACCUUGUAACCUUAUUUAUGUUUAAUAUGAUUAGUGUUCGAAAGUUUGCGAUUUACGAAGGGAGUGGAUUCGGAGCGGACGCCCUGUUAAAAGAAGAAAAAACGAUGCUACUAAUGGAUUGAGAAUUAGUUUCCGA